CCUAAAAUCCUGAAAAAAAGAUCAAAGUUUAUCUACAAAAUACUAUAAGGCAAUGUCAAAAUAGAGCCUUUGCCAUGUCAAUCCUUCAUGAUCAACCCGCACAGUGCGGAUGGGCUUUUCAGUCAUUCUUAAUUCCUCUCUUUCUCGCUAUCUCUCUAGCCCAACCAUCCCAGAAAAUCCGACCCCUCCUCUACCUCAUCGCCUCCCAAAAGCGCAGAAACGGCUGGCGUUGCCCCUGCCCUUCCCUUUCCCGUCGUCGCUCCCUGUUUCUCUCGCUGUCUCUCUCUAGGCCGAAUCGAUAGCCAGUUCCUUAAUUCUUUAACUCCCCUAAAAAACUGAACUCCGCCACCCGCCAACCACAGCUCCCGCCGUCCUUAGCGGUUAGCGUUGCCCUCGAAAGUGAUAUUUCAACCCUCGCCGGCGAGCAAAAAAAUUAAACUGCCCCCUGUCGUCGCUCUCGCUCAUACCCCUUCUCGCUAUUUGACCGUCUGUCUCCCAAGCCUCCCGGAAAGCCCACGCCUGACCGCCAUCCUUGCCACAAUGCACAAUCUGAUCCUGGAAUACCCCCAAGCGUUGUCCUCGACAGUGUUCACUUCAAUAUGCUCUCGGCCUAACAGAAGGUGUGUUUCGAAUGUUCAAACUUUCUUUCUUCUUCUAUACUAUUUCUCAUGGACUAUUUCUCAUGGAUUCCAUCUGGAAAUUUAGUCGCUCUCCUUUUGUAAUUUGAUUCGCAAGUUUGUAUCUUCGUUUCAAAGGGAGUUGCAGUCUAUAAAAAAUCUAUGGGUUGGAGGUCUGAUUGGGAAGAACAAAGAGGCUUGAGCUGCGAUCACUCUCUUUCCCCACCCUUUUUGUUCCAUCUCACUAUUCCAUGACUUAAUUGUCGUGCAAACCCCAGGCUCCGCCAGUUAAGUCCCCCCUGAGCGCCAUUGUCGACAAACCCAAAACCUCGCCACCACCCCCUUCUAAUUCCCGCGCCUCAGGCUUCCGGCAAGAUUCAUCACAAUGCGUCAAUAAGGUUAUUCCUAACUUCCUUCGAACGUUCUGAAAUUAAUGGUGUGUGACGAUCAUUGUUAUCGAGCUUAGGGAUUAGAUCAAUUGAAUUUGAUAUUUCUGAGAGUAGUGGUAGAUUGGAUACGUGGUGUGAUUGAUACAAGGCCAAAUGUGGGUGGCGAGUGCUGCAAAUUAUCUGUAACCUUUGUGGUGGGCUUUUGUGAUAAUAAUUAAUAUUCCAAGGCUUAUACCUGCUAUUUACUUAGAAAGAGUUCAUUAUUCUGUUUCUUAAAACCUUCCACUGCAAUUCCUCUGUCUUGCGCUUCAAAAUGCAAAGAAACAAAGGCUUACAAUAACUUCAAUUUCUCUAUCUGUUGUCCCGUUAAUCCUGCUUCAAUAUUCACUCACUAAAAGAUGAGAUUUCCAUUAUAUAUACUCGAAUUGAAUAGCAAAGUAGUUGAUCAUUAUGUUGUCAAAGUUGCUAAAAGAGUAGCUUGAUCAAAUUGCUGAAAUUGUUUUUGUUAUGAUUGCAUCAAGAUUUCUUUACUACUGUCACAUCUUUUAGCAAUUAGUUGUUGUAUUUAAGGAUAUGCUGGGUAUUACAUCUUAACUUAUAUGAUUUGUUAGUGGUUAUUACAUGAUAAUAGUUUUUCGGAUGAUUAUAAUUGUGCAUUACUUUACUGUGGUCAAACAAUCACAGUAAUGGACAACAAACUAAAGGCAGAGCUUCAAACUUUUGCAGUGAUACCUAGGUACCAUGAUUCAAGGUUGAUGCCACUGAUAAGGGAGAUAUUUGUACCAGUGUCAACAACUCACAAGAUGAACCAAACUUAGAGGAAAGCUACGACACUUAUCCAAGUUCUGGAGGUCUAAGAGAGAGUACCUUGAAGAAGCAGAAAAAGAAUCCAUGUUGUUGUCUCGGACAUUGCGUAGUACUGGAAUGAUUUGUUUGAUGGUAAGGUUGAGGUUAGGAACAUUGUAUUUGGUAGUUUGCUUCUCAUAUAUGGGAUGUUAGAUUGUUAGUGCGUGGUUUGCUUGGCAUGUUGGUAAAUAGGUUCAACUUUUGUAUUCUGCUUAUAAUAGGACUUUCAUGUUGUGCUAAUUCAAAAACAACUUAUUCCUGCAAUUUAUGUGGCUAAUCCAAAAGAAUGCACUUUCAGCUUGCUUUGGUUUGUUUAUCUAUGGAGUUUCAGGUUAUGUUUAUUCAAACAGUAGCUUACCAUGUCGUUUAUUCCAAAGAAAGAUGUUAUGCUUGAUGUUGUUUGCUUUUCAAUUAUAAGCAGUUUCAGUAUGUUUUUAUUCACGCAACAGCAACUUAUUGGUCUUAUUUAUCUUUCAGUAUGUUUUUAUUCCCCCAAGCCCCAGCUCAGUGCCUCCCGACAUCGGUCCUCGGAAUUCCCUCCCAAAUCCAACCGCCGAGGAAACAAUCCUUCUCUGUCUCGCUCUGUGCCUUCAAAAACCGACUCUGUUUUUGCUGAUUUGCUCUCAAAGGCCAAAGGUAUGGACCAUCCUAAACCUAUUCAUAUGUGUCCACAUUUUCCCCCAGUUUCUCAAGGAGGCUAAUCCAUAGCUGAAUAUUCUGUGUGAUUCAUCCCAUACUUCUAUAUCUGUUCCCUACAUGCACAUAAGCAAGAUUCAUUUGGGCAUCAAACCCAUCAAAAGCAAAAUAAGCAAUCCAAACACAACAAUAAUAGCGAAGAGUGGAAUUUAAAGCGGAGGAAGCAGGGGAAGCAGUGGAAGGAGGAAUUAGGGGGCCAUGCAAAAGGAGGAGUAGACACGUUGAUGGGGAAUGGUGGGUCCACUAGAAUGCUAAAUGGAGUUAUUAUUCUCCAAUUGUGAUACCAAAAUUCUUUAUGGCUUUUGCAGGAAACCUAGGUUGAAAUUUCAAACCCCAAUUAUCGGUUAAAGGAGACAAACUAUUGUAUUCCCUCUUCAAAGUGUCGACCUUUGCGGCUUUGCCCCCACUUGCCGCACAAGAGAGGCUGAUCAUCAUCUAAAAUUAUAUUUUCCUCUGCCGGCUCAAAGGCUCUCAUGGAAACGAAGAAGCAACAAAGGCCACCCAUGGCAUUUAGUCUCUCGGUUUGUUAGGUUUGUAUAUUUAUUGUAGCAAUACCUCAAGGGAUUAUAACACUGGCUGUAGGUCUCUCCUCCCCAGCAUGUACAAAUACAACAAGCAGGUGAAUUAAACGUGCAAAAUUGUGGAGGGAAAUUGUGAUCUAAUUAAAAUGGUUAUUUGUG